UCAGCUCACAGUCCUGAGAGUUCGCCCUGAGAGAGAAGCUUGAGAGAAAGGAUUCUAGCACCCACUCUCCUACACUGGCUCAACUGGAUUACGAACUUCUUGGGACAAAUGGUUUGAGAGAGGAAGAUCUUCAGAAAUAUGAAGACUUGGUGUCUGUCCAGGAUGAAGCACCCAUGGAAAACCCAGCUUCCACCUCUCUUUCUGCUUUACCUGUUGGGAGCUGUGAGGACUCAAGUCAACCCAGGUGUGUGUCGGUAUCCACUGGGGAUGUCUGGAGGGCAGAUCCAGGAUGAAGACAUCUCUGCCUCCAGCCAGUGGUCAGAAUCAACGGCAGCCAGAUAUGGCAGGCUGGAAUUUGAGGAGGGAGAUGGUGCGUGGUGUCCAGAGAUCACGGUGGAGCCGGACAGCCUGAAGGAGUUCCUGCAGAUCGACCUGCGCUCGCUGCACUUCAUCACGUUGGUGGGCACGCAGGGACGCCAUGCAGGCGGCAUGGGCAACGAGUUCGCCCAGAUGUACAAGAUCAAGUACAGCCGCGAUGGCAGCCGCUGGAUCUCCUGGAGGAACAGACAGGGAAAGCAGGUGAUUGAGGGAAACAGAAAUGCAUAUGACAUUGUGCUUAAGGACCUCGAGCCCCCGAUCAUCGCUCGAUUUGUGCGCUUCAUGCCCGUCAUUGACCACUCCAUGAACGUCUGCAUGAGGGUGGAGCUUUAUGGCUGUGAAUGGCUGGAUGGCUUGGUGUCCUAUAAUGCUCCAGCUGGCCAGCAGAUGAUGCUUAAUGACCUGCCAGUCUACCUCAAUGACUCUGUUUAUGAUGGGGCUGUAGGCUACAGCAUGACAGAGGGUUUGGGCCAGCUGACGGAUGGGCAGAGCGGUCUAGAUGACUUCACCCUCAGCCACGUCUACAACGUGUGGCCUGGUUACGACUACGUGGGCUGGACUAAUGAGAGCUUCCCCAAUGGUUUUGUGGAGAUCAUGUUUGAGUUUGACCGCACACGCAACUUCACCACGAUGAAGGUGCACUGCAACAACAUGUUCAAGUGGCACGUGAAGACCUUCCAAAAGGUGGUGUGUUACUUCCCCUGUUGCUCUUGGGUGCUCCUUGCUGGUGCCCCCCCACCCAAUCCCGAACACGCCAAUCCCAGUGCCCAACGCUUUUGCAUUUGUCACUGUCUGCAACUGUAUAACCACAUGGCCAGUGCAAUCAAAUGCCAGUAUUACUUCUCUGAUGUAUGGAUGAUGUUCAGCGAGAUCACCUUCCAGUCAGACACUGCAAUGUACAAUACAACUUUGGCUCCUCCUAAGACCGGCCCACCAACUAGCACCCAACCAGGGGAGGACCCCACUCAUAAAGUAGAUGAUAGCAACACAAGGAUUCUCAUAGGCUGUCUGGUGGCCAUCAUCUUUAUCUUGGUAGCCAUCAUAGUCAUCAUCCUCUGGAGACAAGUUUGGCAAAAGAUGCUGGAGAAGGCCUCUCGGAGGAUGCUGGACGAUGAACUAACUGCUAGUUUGUCAAUACAGAGCGAGACGUUCACUUACAACAACAACAACAACCCCUCCUCUGCACCCAGUGAGCAGGAGUCCAACUCCACUUACGAGCGCAUCUUCCCCCUAGGGCCUGACUACCAGGAGCCCUCUCGCCUCAUCCGCAAACUCCCCGAAUUUUCCCAGUCCACUGAGGAGGCCGCCUCCACCAGUACUGCGACAAAGUCCCCUGCGACCAACACCUCCAGCCAGGACGGAGUGCCUCAUUACGCUGAGGCUGACAUUGUCAACCUGCAGGGGGUAACUGGGGGCAACACCUACGCUGUGCCUGCAUUGACAAUGGACUUGUUGUCAGGGAAAGACGUGGCAGUAGAGGAGUUCCCACGCAAGCUGCUGACCUUCAAAGAGAAGCUAGGAGAGGGCCAGUUUGGAGAGGUCCAUUUGUGUGAGGCAGAGGGCAUGCAGGAUUUCAUGGAUGAGGACUUCUCAUUUGACAUCAGUGAAAAGCAGCCUGUACUGGUAGCUGUGAAGAUGCUGAGAGCAGAUGCCAAUAAAAAUGCCAGGAACGACUUCCUGAAAGAGAUAAAGAUCAUGUCAAGAUUGAAAGACCCCAACAUCAUUCGUCUGCUGGCCGUGUGUAUCUGCAGUGAUCCACUGUGCAUGAUCACAGAGUACAUGGAGAACGGAGACCUCAAUCAAUUUCUGUCCCGUCAUGAACCCGAGGGCCAGAUCGCCCUGCUCAGCAAUGCCCCCACUGUAAGUUACCGUAAUCUGCUGUACAUGGCCACCCAGAUUGCUUCAGGGAUGAAAUAUCUCUCUUCACUGAAUUUUGUCCAUCGCGAUCUGGCCACCCGCAACUGCCUUGUGGGCAAGAACUACACCAUCAAGAUUGCCGACUUUGGCAUGAGCCGUAACCUGUAUAGUGGGGACUACUACCGCAUCCAGGGUCGAGCAGUGCUGCCUAUCCGCUGGAUGUCCUGGGAGAGCAUCCUACUGGGAAAGUUCACCACGGCCAGUGAUGUGUGGGCCUUUGGGGUGACGCUUUGGGAGACGCUGACCUUUUGCAAAGAGCAGCCUUACUCCCAGCUCUCCGAUGAGCAGGUGAUCGAGAACACCGGAGAGUUCUUCAGAGACCAAAAACGCCAGAUCUACUUACCACAACCGGCCAUGUGUACAGAUCCACUCUACAAGCUCAUGUUGAGUUGCUGGCGCAGGAACACCAAGGAGCGUCCUUCUUUCCAGGAAAUCCAUUGCAUUCUUCUGGAAUGCCAGGUUUAGCUCUGUAAUGGUGUCCCCUUGAAUGCCACAACAGGCACAUCCAGAGACACUUUGUGUGCCCGCAGGACUCCAAACAGCAAACAAUACCGGUGAACAGACACAGACAUGCACACACAUACACUCACAAAAUGACUCCCCCUGUGUUUAACAGGGAUUGCUUGUCAAUCCAUUGCAAAAGUAACUUCACAUCAGCACCUCUGGGUGGCAGUAGAAAGCCAAAUAGAUACAAACCAAAGAAAUGUAGCAUUUAGGCACUUUUUGUCAAAUAAAAUUCACGGUUUUAUAGCCAUAGGUUUGUUGUCAAUAAAGAUGUCCCCAAACUAAUGUACAAAGAAUGCAAAAAAAGAUAUUUACAUAGAAUGAUCUCAUGUUUUUCAAAUGUUUUCAUUUUGAAGACAGCUUGAAUGUAAAUAGUACAUGCUGUUCGAUGGGUAAUGUAGAGAAUUGUGUAGAGUGUAUUUUGACAAAUGUAAGAAUGUUUCUUUUGCUUAUUGUUAUCUAGUCAUAUUAUUUGUGCAGCAAACUGCACCACUGUGCAGCACAGCAGAACAGAGACACACUUUUUUUUCAUUAUUUAUGAAAACUUUUUUCUAGACGUUAAAAAUGGAAUCAGCCCACAUACUGUAUGCAUGCAAAUCACUUGUUCACAUGUUCAUAGUUUAAAAGACUGAUACUGUGUUAAAUCCUCAACAAAUAUCAGUCAGAAAUGUCACUUCAACUACCUACAGUGUAUAAAUUAAUAUUUAUGUUGUCUCAAAAAUGAUUUUUUUACGUUUGUUUAAUAAUCUCACAAACAUAUUCCAUUUUGCUUGUGUCCAGAGAUAAUGUAGUUUCCUAUCAUUCUGACAUUGUUAUUGCACAAGUAUGAUUCUUGUAAAAUACAUAAAGUUUUGAUGGAAAAUAAAUCAUACUUACAGGGCAUUCAAAUAAAAAUGUGGAUGUGAAGUUUAUCAAGGAUUAUAAACCAAAUUCAGUAAAUGCUAUUUUUUUAGAAUUGCAUCACCGUGAAUGAUGGAUUCAGUCAUUAAUGAGAAUAUGCCAUUCAUUUUAAUAAAUGUUCAAUUAUGGUCUGUAUUUAGUCUUACUGUGUGUGGAUCUAGACUACAAAGCUCCUAAUGACAUUUAUAUUCAUACUUUACUUAUGUUUUUUCUCAUGCAUUUAUAAAUGUAAAUCCCAAUUUUCCUCCAUACAGGAGAACUAAAAAAAAAAGCUUUUUCAUUUGGAUUUAAGGUCUUCAUAAAACGCUGAUCUGACCACAUGCGUGUAAACAUAGACUUCUGAUAAAAAAAAUAAAAAAAACUGGACUUCUUUAGAGAUGCACUAUGGUGGUUUAUUGUAAGUUAGGCUUUGACAUAUUGUUCUGCAUUCUAAGGAAAUAAGUGAAAACGUGUGCAAGCUGGGUUUUUGUUUCUAACUUGCCGGUAAUGUCAACUACUAUGAACUGAGAGAGGAGUAUAAGUUAUGUGGGAUAUAUGGCAUUUGUAUCUUCAGCUUUAGAAAUGGCAAAUGGAAUGAGAGGUCAUGUAAAUUUGGUAGAAGGUUCGUGUGAUGUUCAGAAAAAUUAAAGAUGAUUUUAGGGUCACAUCUCCACAUUUGUCUGUGGAAGCUUCCAGAUGUCUAGAUUCUCAUUAAAGAUGUAUUUAUGACAAUGUAUAAUGUAACACACUAAAAGGACAUAUAUUUAAUAUCUCAUGGACCCACUGUAGCUAUCUUUGAACUUUGAGCCAAACAAUGUUAAGAUUGCAUUGUAGAUAUGGUCUUACAGGUAGGCUAAUUCCAGCAUGUGCAUACUCUAACAAAUAUACAGUAUGACAGUUUGUUUCUGUUGUAUGUAUCCCAGUUUGUUGUUUCCUCUCUUCAAUUUGAAUUUGAAAGUAUGGCUGCACAUACAAUAGAUUUAGCCUAUUCAUCAUUUUGGUGAUUGAUUUUCAAGUGGUAACAUUUUAUUGUAGGCUAUUUGUAUGAAUUAUAAGACUUAUUAUAUUAUCUGUACCUGAUGGGUUUUGCAUCAUCUUUGUAUAAUGGUUUUAAUUAUAUAUAUAUAUAUAAAAAGUUUAUUGAUACUGACUUAAUUAUGUACAGUAAAUAUUGUAUAGUGGUCAUCUCUGUGUUACUGCUUUAAUAAAUUCAGCUUUAUUCAUUGUAUUCAGUUAUUUGUUAUCCUCAUAUAGUUUAUAUGAAAAUGCAUUGGUUGGACUG